GGGGCGUGGUCAGGCUGCGCGCGCGCGCGCGCGCGCGCGCAGGGCCCACGUGUGGUCCCCGGCCCCACUGGGUUCUUCUCUGUUCCGUCCAGCCCGGCCAUGGGCUGCGGCCUGGCUGCGGGUUCGGUGCGGGCGCGCUACCUCGUGUAUUUCCAGUACUUGGGCACCGACUUUAACGGGGUCGCGGCCGUCAGGGGCGCCCAGCGCGCCGCCGGGGUUCAGAACUACCUGGAGGAGGCCGCGGAGGGGCUGAAAUCGGCCGUGCCAGUGAAGUUCACCAUCUCCAGCCGCACGGAUGCUGGGGUCCACGCCCUGAGCAACGCAGCGCACCUGGACGUCCAGCGCCGCUCAGGCCAGCCACCCUUCUCCCCUGAGGUCCUGACGCAGGCCCUCAACACCCACCUGAGGCACCCCGCCAUCCGGGUCCUGAAGGCCUUCCGUGUGCCCAGUGACUUCCACGCCCGCUACUCUGCCACAUCCAGGACCUACCUGUACCGCCUGGCCACUGGCUGCCCCCAGCACAGCCCGCUGUCUGUGUUUGAGCGGAACCGAUGCUGGGCGCUGCCGGCAGACUGCUUGGACGUGGCCGCCAUGCAGGAGGCGGCCCACCACCUCCUGGGGACACACGACUUCAGCGCCUUCCAGUCGGCUGGCAGCCCGUCCCCCAGCUCCGUGCGCACGCUGCGCCGAGCUUCCGUGGCCCCGGGCCCAGCCAGCCCCUUCCUCCUCCCCCAGGAGAGCAGGAGGCUACGGUUCUGGAGCCUGGAGUUUGAGAGCCAGUCUUUCCUGUACAGACAGGUGCGGAGGAUGACGGCGAUCCUGGUGGCCGUGGGGCUGGGCACUGUGACGCCUGCUCAGGUGAAGGCGAUUCUCGAGAGCCGGGACCCCCUGGGAAAGCAUCAGACGCGUGUGGCCCCAGCCCACGGCCUGUUCCUGAAGUCGGUGCGCUAUGGGGGCUUCGAGGACCUCGGUGAGAGGGGGGCGCCUGAGGAGGCCCCCACUCCAGGCCAGGUCCUUGCUGGAGAGCCCUCGGUGGCCACAGCAUCACAGCCCUCGCCUACCAUGCCAGAAGCCGGGAGUCCAGCCUGUGCCCAGCGGGAAUGCCAGGGCCCACCAGCUGGGGCGGCCUGAAGACUUCAGGCCAGAGACCAGGGGCCCAAAGACAGGUGACCUGGGGUGGGGUGCCUGUGUUGCUCAGGCCCACGCCCCUCAAGUUCCCAAAGGGGGACAUGGAGGUGGGGCGGGGGGCGCCUCUGAAAGUGAGCAGGGGUUCCACAGCCCCUGUGGGGACCCUCCUGCCCCCAGUUGACCUAGAAUCUGUCUACAGGCUCUGUUUCCAGCAUUCCCCAAGCUUCUGGCCUCAUGUGGUCGGCAGGGCCCACAGCACUGAGGCUGCAGAUGACCCCUAGGUGCCCAGCCACAGUCAGGGCACACCUGGCUCACCAGGCUAGGCCACUGGGCCCUGCCCAGCUCCGCACGCCCCACGCCCUGUGCUGUCAGGCUGGGGCGGGUGCAGGGGGCGGGCGUGAGCACCGAGGUGGGAGCACACGAGCAGCCCGCGGCUCCGCCAUCACCGGAGAGGAACCUUCCAGCCCAGAAGCAGAAAUAAAGUGUGAAAAGGCC